AUGGCGAUGAUGAUGACUGGCCGUGUGCUGCUGGUGUGUGCCCUCUGCGUGCUGUGGUGCGGUGUCGGCGGAGGCGGAUGCACUGAGGGUCAGCUACCUGAUGUCGGCCCACCUGUUAAUCCUGCGAGUGGUGCUGGAGUUACCCACAAUCCUGUCGAUCAUACGGUGCCUGAUGGAGCGGGAAAACAUUCCGCAGAGCAAACACAGCUGAACAACGUUGAGGGUUCCGCAUCAAGGGAAGUGUCAUUGGAAGCUCCUUUGCAGCCUGUAUCAACAACACAGCAGACACCAUCCAGCUCCGAGCCUACGGAUUCACUGACAAAUUCACAAUCAUCGGGCGGAAAGCGGCAAGAUGUACAACACGAAGGUCCACCAGGAAGGCCGGGGACUUCACCCAGUCAAGAGGACAAUACGAAAGUAUCAAAUGGAAAUCAACAGAGUAUUGAUCCGCCAUCUCCUUCAGGUAACGACGAUGUUGUCAGCAGUAAUAGUGGGGAACGCACAGAAGAUACUCCGGGGAGUACUGAAACUUUUGAUGCCGCACCGUCAGAAGAGGGGCAGGAACGUGAAAAUGUCACUCCUUUCUUGGAACAACCUCGGGAAACUUCCACAGCCGCACCCGCCGUUACCACUCAAACAAGUUCCACUACACCGACUGACGUUGGUGAGAGCAGCACCGUCAAAAUGAGUGAGGCAUCACCCCAAUCAACAGGAACCGCCAACACAAAUGAUACGACGACAAAGAUUGGCGACAGUGACGGCAGCACCGCGGCCUUCCACACCACCUCCCCUCUUUUGCUUCUUAUUGUUGUUGCGUGUGCGGCUGCUGCUGCGGUGGUGGCCGCGUGA